AUGGCAAGCUUACGUGAAACUGGUGAGAAAAUAAUAGGCGAGCGAGCUUACCGCGUGCUGUUUGCUGGAAUAUCACUACCUCUGGCUCUUAGCACUAUUGUCUACUUCAUAAAUCAUCGUUACGGUGGUGUUCAGCUGUGGGAUGUUAAAGGCGUCUCAGGCGUCCAUGAGCUUGUUUGGCUGUCGAAUUUCAUCUCAUUCUUGUUUCUGUAUCCAUCUACUUUCAAUCUUUUGGAAGUGGCAGCCGUGGACAAGCCAAAGUUACACAUGUGGGAAACUGGAAUAAUGCGCAUCACGAGACAUCCACAGUUUGUUGGGCAGGUGAUCUGGUGCCUAGCUCACACGCUGUGGAUCGGCAACUCGGUCGCCGUGGCGGCCUCCGUCGGACUGAUCGGCCACCAUGCAUUCGGCGUUUGGAACGGCGACAGGAGGCUGGCGUCACGCUACGGCGAAGCCUUUGAUGUCCUGAAGAAGAGGACCAGCGUCGUGCCGUUCGCUGCGAUCGUUGAUGGACGGCAGAAGCUGCCUGAAGAUUAUUACAAGGAGUUCAUCCGGUUACCGUACAUCACGAUCGUCGCUCUGACCCUGGGCGCGUACUUUGCGCACCCGUUGAUGCAGGCGGCCAGCUACCGGCUUCCCUGGUAA